AUUUUGAAGCAAAAGUGUCAGCUGAAGCUGCUUGUUGAACGCAACUUGGAUGGUGAUAUCAGCAGAUCGGUCAGUGAUAUGAGCAUCAAAGCCUGUUUGUCUUCCGUUCAAAUGACUGUUGAUCCACAGCAGUACAAGCUCGUUAGAGGAUUGCUGGCUCACAAUUUUGGUGAACAGUUGGAUGACUUCAGCCCACAAUUUUUAUCCCAUAUGAAAGAUCCAAGAACUCACUCUGUGUUGGCAGAGGAACCGUACGUGAGCCUUACUAUUGAUUUGGAUUUGGAGAAUGAUCAUGAUGACAUGCAUUGUGACGCAAAAAACAAACAAUCAGCUGAAACAUCUCUGGCCAUCGUGGACCUUAUUAAAUCAAGUUUUCACUUUGUCACUCGGUCCGAUCAAUCGAAAGACAUUGGUCUCGUGUGUCAUGAGAUCAACUGCAUUGACAGCAGAUAUCUAGGUAGAUUAGAUGAUCCAGUGAAUGUGAGACCAAACGUCUUCUCGAACAUCCUUCGAGCCUCUCCCGAUUCGGAAACGAAAGGCGAGACGUUGAGGUUUGAAUGCAGAUGUAGGAUGAACAGAGAUUCAGAAAAAUAUCACAUCCUUCUAAACAACAUUCGCAUGAUGGGCAUAUUUGAUUGGCUGCUUGCCACUAAAAAUUUCUUGCAGCUAUCGCCUGAAGAUCCUUUCCAACAAGGUAAUGUUAGAGAUGAAAAAGAGAGGAAGGACAGAGAGGCGAGAUACGGUUCAACUCAAAGUGGGAGUAUCAUAACUAAGAGGAUCAGUGUCAUGGAAGAAGAUAAGCAAAGAAAGUUGGAAGUGACGUUGAACAUGUGCGACACAGAACUUGUCGUUGUGGAAGACGCUGGCGACAGAGACACAAAUGCCGUCAUAAUAAAAGGUACGACAGUGAUUGUUUGCAAACCUCAGUCCGAUCGACCCCUGUCCUGCAGUCUGCAGAACAUGGAAGUGUUCUCUUGCUGCCUGGCUGCCGAAGAUGAAACAGCCCUAUCCAUCAUUGAUCCUAUGUUGUUAACCCUGGAACUCAAUACGAACAACAACACCAUCGACAAGACCACCAGCAUGCAGUCAUCCGGAUUGUUGGAAGCCACCAAGAAGCUUCAGUCCGUCAGACCCGUUUUAGAGAUAAGCUUCCAAACGUUAAACAUUCGUCUUUCAUACAAUGACAUCAAGUUGUUUACAUCCAUCAUCAACUCCAUGCCGCAUCAAGUCUCUCAGGCUUCCAAAGCCAACAAAAAAGCCAACAUUGGCAUUUCAGGGGAUCUUCAAUCUGCUUACGGUAAUCACUUUGCAUUUACUUCAGAGUCGUCCAUGUGCAAACUUCAAAGUUUGGGAUUUUCUGAGCAGGACAGUAUGGAUGCCUUGAAGAGAUUCCAGGGCAGGUUGGAUGAGGCUGUUAUGUGGCUGUCGGGUCACACAUCUCCUGUCGUCAAGACUGAUGAUGAUGAUGAUAAUGAUAACAAUGAGGAGUACAAACCAAUUUUCUCUGAUAUAUCUGGCUUUGAGUUGAAGGAGGGUACAAUACAGAUCUGCUUGAUCGAUGAUUGCUUGGAUGCCGAUGUUCCGCUGGUUGAGCUAACCAUCUACAAUAUUUAUGUUCUCCACAACUUCCUGCCACAUCCGCAAGGAAAAGCCAGGAUAAAGUUGUACGGAGAUUAUUACAACAGGGCUCUUUCCGGGUGGGAGCCAUUCCUAGAAAAGUGGGGGUGCAAAUUGGAAUGGCAGAAGGGUGUGGUUGAAGAUGAAGGAAACAUGUAUAUUGAUGUCAAAGCUGCCAAUCCAUCUGAAAUCGUCAAUCUGAAUGUCACACGAACAUUGUUGGACCUCUACACUAAGACGAAGCUGAAGUGGAUGGAGGACUACAACAACAGCAGCGGUCAGUACAAUUCGAGACGUCGAGUGCCUUUCAUUCCGUUCACCCUCCGCAAUCAGGUCGGGUGUGACGUCAUGUUCUCCGUCUUCACAUCUUCACCGUCGAGGUACCACCAAUCUAUUCGCAGUUUUUCUAUUGAAGUACUGGUAAAUUGCGGAAAUUUUACAUGGGUCAAUGAUGCACAUCGUUAUAUAUGCACAUGCGUCGUUUGGAAGAGAGCAUCGGACAGUAGUGAAGUCUCUUUCCUUGUGGCUGAAAGGAACAAAAUACGACAUAAAGAUUCGCAUGGCCUGCAAGUCAAUCAGAUAGCAAUAAAAGUGGAAGGCUGGAAGGAGAUCUCACCAGUCUCCAUUGACAAAGUUGGCACGUUCUUCAGACACGCAUCGUCUGACAUCGACAACACAUCGAAAAUCGUGAGUUUCGCCAUAUUUGUCAUUCAACAACCUUUUGUAUUAAAGUUUCAGACAUGGCCCCACGCUCGUUUGGUGUUUGACGUUUCAAUAGAAGGAAGUGCCAGGAAAGUUAUUAGAGUCAGGUCGGCUAUCCUUAUCAACAAUCAACUAGAUGAGCCUAUUGAAGUCAAACUGGAAAGCCAAACAAAUGGUACCUAUUUGGCACCUACAUUGGUGAACCCAUUCAGCAAGAGUCCUGUGCCACUGCAUUUUGUCUUCUCAAAAAUCUGGAUCAGACCGCUGAGGUCCAUGAUGGACUGGUGCAGAGAUGCAAUCAUUUGGCAGUCCUUCACGAACCAUUCUGACAAGAAGAACAACUCGCUAAACUCGUGUGCGUCACUUGGUACUGGACAGGAUUUUUUCAAGUUUUGUGUAUGCAUCGAAAGACAGGCCUACCCACCUGAUGAGCUGUUCAACAGGAAUGUUUCUCAGUCUCCCACAUCAUCUCAUUCUAGAUUCCCGCCACCCGGUCACAUGAUCAGCAUCUGCCCUCCAAUGAGAGUUGAGAAUUUGUUGCCCGUUGAUUUAAACUGCUCACUAAAGCACAUUGGAUCGUCCUGGCUGCCACAAAUGUCAAUCAAACCUGGCAAGAUGGUUUAUUUGAUGGAGAUUGACCUCAGCAAGGACAUUGGAUUCACGAUGACCCUGGAGAACUUCACGAAAUGUCAGGACCUCACAAUUCCUGUGGGCACUGUGGACAACAAAGUUUCGUUGACACUCUGUGACGUCAUGGACAGGCCCUUGUCACUUGGCAUCAAGGUGAAGGCUGGCUUGGCUGGCGGUUUGAAGGUGACGAUUUCAUCGCCCUACUGGCUGGUCAACAAAUCAGGACUUCCGCUGAUAUUUAAACAACACGAAGCCAGCAUGGCGGCAGGUCAGUUUGACGAGCACGAACUCGCCAGAAGUGUCAGCCCACUUCUCUUCUCCUUCACUGAUAAGACUCUCUAUGAACUAUGUACCAUGAGGUUGGGUAAUUCGGUUCAUCCAGAAGGAAAAACCCCAUCGUGUCCAAGAUUCAUGUUAGAGCGAGGAGUUACCGUCAGGCAAGUUCGAGUUGCUCAGCUCGAUCGACCCGAUUGGGUGUACAACAUCGGCAUAGAGGUGAAACAGGGGAAGGGCAGAUACUCAGACACAAACAUCUGCACUUUUUCUCCGAGGUAUCAACUGGACAACAGGACGACUUACAAGCUGGCGUACGCUCAGAGGCACCAAACCAUGAAACAAGACGCAACAUCUAACUACCUGUGUGCCCUCUCCAAUUGUGUCCUGCCUUUCCACUGGUCACGUGUUGAUUUCGACACGUUGUUGUGUGUGAGGGUGAUGGAAGAGCCCAGGUGUCACUGGUCGGGCGGCUUCCAGAUUGAUAAAGUCGAUUCUUUCCACAUCAAUAUGAGGACGGAUACAAAUCAAUGCUGCUUCAUUCACGUAGACGUCGUGUUAGUUGGAGCGGCAUUCUUUGUCAUCUUCACUAAUGCUGACUCCAUGCCUGCACCUUAUCGCAUCGACAACUUUUCUGAAGUGCCUGUUUUGUUUCAUCAAAGUAGAGUUGACAAUCAACGACUUCAAAUCUGUGUCAAGCCAAAAACAUCAAUACCUUAUGCCUGGGACGAGCCGACCAUGGCGGGCCACAUAACGUUGAGGGUGCCUAGCGGCACCAGCGCAUCGUACGACAUGAAGAAGAUGGGCGAUGCUGAGAAACUCUGCUAUGAAAACUUCAUCUACAUUGCCUUCACUCAGACUUUCAAAAAAGGUUGGUCGUUCCACCGAUCAUCCACCAUUCCAUCGCCGUCGUAUCAUCAAAAAUCCUUCGAUCCGGAGUUAGUACUGGAUGUUGUAUCUCCCGGAAUGGUUGUCCUCAAAAAGAAAGAGGCAGGCAAACGUUCUCAACUGUGGAGGAUGACCAGCAAGGGUCUACUGGAGCACGAAGGAUCAUCUGCUCCUCGGGAUCCGGCUUUUAAAAAAUCUUCAUCUUCCUUCUCUUCUUCCUCUUCAUUCUCAUCCCUCUCCACGACUCCCAGCACCGUCUAUGUCCUCGACAUAAAGGACAUCGCACUGCAGCCCAGCAAGGAAAUGCCACUCACCAUUCGCAAACCUGACGAGAAGAGAAUUUCAACGCAAACAUGGAAGUUCAUCGACGGUCACUUGUGCUGUGGGGAUAGGAGGAGUUUAUGCGUGCAACCGAAAGAUGGUGUUUAUGGAUUGAGAGAUGGCACUCAGGCAAUACUGGCGCCGAUAUCUCAGUCAGCAUCAUCGUCAGCUAAAUCGCCUUCCUCAUCGUCGUCGUCUAAUGUGCAGCCUCACGUGCGCAUACACAGAGAGAAGCUUCAACCAGGUUCAGGGUUCUUGUGCGUGAAAGUUCUCAACGACGGUCCUACCAGGGUGCUUCAAGUUACUGACGUCAUGCACGAGAACUACGAGAGCAAGGCCGUCGAUGGCUGGGUCUUCGUACAGGGUCGCAAGGAGCGGCAGUCCAUCAAGAGUCAGACGUCUGUUAAUGCUGGCAAACCUCAAGAUCAAUCUUUUUUCAGCAAUCAAAAAUUUGAGGUUUCGAUGAGGUUACCGGGGCUGGGAGUUUCUCUGGUUGAUGAGACUCCGCAAGAACUUCUCUACCUCUUCAUGAGUGACGCCCACCUCGAAUGUUCCCUUUGCAAGUCCGAUCAGAUCCUUCAGAUUGAUAUCAGGAAAAUUCAGAUAGACAACCAGCUGUUCGACACGCCCCGACCCGUCUUGUUGUACGCCACCCCAUCCAACAAGAGAGACUCAGAGACGGACAGCAAGCCACAGUUGCACAUCUGCAUACACAAAGUUUCCAGUCAUCAGUGGGAUGCUCAAAUAUUCAAGCAAUUCCUGGUGUCGAUGAAACCGAUCAACGUGCAAGUUGAAGAGGUGCUCAUGUGGAGACUGAUCAACUUCUUCCGCAUCAACCAACAGGAAGUUGACAUUGAGAAUAUCAGUGAGAGCCACAUUAACUCUUCCAGGUCUGGAAUCGUAGCGAUAUUGCCGGAGUUUAAGAGAUACUACUUCGGGAUGAUAAGAAUUUUUCAGUGUUUCAUCACUCUCAGCGUUCUAACUGCAAACGACCUUCCUCCUGAUCUUAAAAUCAUCAAAAAAUCACUCCGAAUCCCUCUCAUAAGAUUCGAGGAUGCGCAGAUUGAAUUAGAUACGUUCACAAAAUACCACCUCUUUGAAACGCUUACCUUCUUGCUUGAGUCGAUCCGUCAUCACUACACAAAUGAAAUCUUGGGUCAGGCAGCCAGGAUUCUUGGCUCCGUUGAUUUUCUUGGAAAUCCUCUGGGACUCUUUAGUGACAUGGCUGAGGGUGUCCAGUGUUUGCUGGAAUUGAAUGUUGGUGGCAUGUUGAAAAACGUCACCAAGGGGGCAACUAAUUCCGUUGCUAAGAUGAGUAGCACAUUAUCGGACACGGUUGGAAAGGCAACAUUGGACGAGAGGCACCAAGUUGAGAGGCAACAGAUUCUUCAGAAGUACAAGGAGGGUGGUUCUGACCAUCUCAUUGCAGGUCUCAGCAGUCUCUGGCACGGAUUGAGAGGAGCUGUUGUAUCCAUUCCAUCUCAAGCCUACCUUGGAGCAUCUGAAAAAGGAAUUGCUGGGUUUGCAAGCGGCAUGGUAAAGGGUGUGGUAGGAACCAUCACAAAGCCCGUAGCAGGUGUGCUGGAUUUCACGUCGGGCACUGCUCACGCUAUAAGGGAUUCAAGCAAGGGAAAUUUUCAUAAAAGGCCUUCCAGAGUCAGAGAACCGAGAUGUUGCUAUGGACAGUGCGGACUGUUACCUCCAUAUUCUGCUUAUCAUGCUGAAGCCCAGGAGUUUCUAUUUCAACAGAACCACAACGUCUACGAUGAAAUAUUCAUAGCUAGGUACGAACUCCAAGUUGGACAUGAGAGUGAAAGUGUGCACGUGCUCAUAUCAAACAAGAAGAUAUACUUUAUGAAGAAGGGAAACAGCAUCAUUCUUCAAGUGUCUUACGAAAAUUUCAUAGGCUGCCAAUGGACCAACAAAGAAAACAAGUGUUACAUUCAAGUUAUAAUGAAGGAUGAUUCAAGCAACCUCCUGCUGACGGGUGAUGCGAAGAAAAGUCCUUUGGUCAGGUGUGACUCGGAAAGCAUUGCUGAAGAAGUCGUGCAACACAUUCGUUACGCCAAGAACUUGCACGAUGAAAUAAAACAAACUCUACCUGUCAAUCAAAAUCCAAACAACGAUUACGACUGACGCGUUUGUUAAAUAACUGUAUUCGCUGAUGACUGAACAUUAUUUACAAUAAAACAGUUAAAAACUUGUUUCAUAUUUAGUUGCACAUAAUAAGAUUUUUGUAAUGAUGUGAUUCCCAACAUGAUUCUUCUGCUAAAUGUGCUCGCCAUGCUAGACUGUUUUUUUAUUGGACUCAGAUUUGUUUUUCAGUUCAAUCAAAACUGUUUAUAUAAAUUUUAAUCAAACUGAACUCUGAUGAGUUUAUUUUUAUUACCUUGAAAUUGAUUUUGUAUCUAACUAUUGUAAUGCAGCAGAACAUUGACAUAACUUACUUUCUGAACAUUUUUAUUUUAUGCAAAUUUUUUAGUGUACAAAAUUUUCUGACAUUAUUAUUUAUUAAACACAUUUGAUGAUCAA